GCUGCGCGCUGUGCCUGUGCGCCCUCCGUGCGUCACAGCGCCGAGACUCCGUACAGACGAGAAGAUGUCCGGCACCAGGCAGCUGUCGGUGGCGUCGGUCCUGUGUCUGAGUGUCAGCUGGCUGUGGGCGGCCGGUGCCACGGCAGGAACCAGAUCGGUGAUCCUCCACAGCGCCCUGGAACGGGUCCCGGUCACGCUGAACGACAUGCUGCGGGAGGUGGAGGAGCUGAUGGAGGACACGCAACACAUCCUGGAGGAGGCGGUGGACCAGAUAUCUACAGAGAGUGCCAAAUCUUCUUUAACCUCACUGGAUCUGAACUACCACAACAAAACUGGAAAGGAUGGACGAAGUCUUCAGGUCUUCGACAAAACCGACAAGGAGAACAAUAAUGAAACAGGAGAAACUCAUAUUUCACAUGUUCACGUGGAGAUUUCCCAACACCGGAACAACGUGGAUCAUGAGUGCAUGGUCGAUGAAGACUGUGGAGAAUCCAGAUACUGUCUGUAUGAGAUCAAGAACUCAAAGUGCCUUCCCUGCAUACCGACCGACAUGCCCUGCACAAAGGAUGAGGAGUGCUGCUCGGAUCAGAUGUGCGUUUGGGGUCAGUGUACAGUCAAUGCCACUGAAGGAAUAGAGGGGGCAAUCUGCCAGCUUCAGACCGACUGUGGGCCAGACCUCUGCUGUGCUUUUCUACGCGAGCUCUUAUUCCCAGUGUGUCAACUCAAACCAAAGAAAGGGGAGUCGUGCCUGAGCCACCCCAAUCUGCUGAUGGACAUGCUGGCCUGGGACCAGGAGGGUCCUCGUGACCACUGCCCCUGUGUUAGUGACCUACAGUGCCAGCCUCACGGCAGGCGUGGAUCUGUUUGUGGAGAGUAGAAGAAAUACAGCGAAAACAUCUCAUGAUGUCCAGCUUCUUACUGGAAACCCACCAAAGACAACUCAACAAACCGACGUAUUACAGAAUGGGAACUUGCUUCAGGACACAAUUUGGGCUGUGUGUUAUUUAUGCAUCACUAACAAUAUGUAUUAUGCUUUAUUAAAGAAAUUAAAUCAC